GCAGAGCAAACCUGCACCUGCUCUGCUCUGCUGGUGACCGCCGCGUGUGUCGCCGCUCUCCGCUCGCACACAGCGUCGGCCAAAUCGAACCCGCCGCUACCGCUAGCUGAAUCCGGCAUAGCGCCGGCCUCCGGCCAAAUCGAGCGGCGGUGCAGGCACAGCAGUGGGUCCUUCAAUUGUUCUGAAGAAUUCACACACACCGCACACUCGGUGUUCCGAUGGCGGCGGCUCCGGCGUCCGCACCAACUCAUUCGCCCGCGUCCUCGUCUUCCUCAGCGUGCCGCGCGGGAAUCUGCUCCGGCGGGACAACCCGCCCCAAUCUCCACUCCGCCGCUGCUUCGGCCCCUGGAUGGAGGAGGCGCAGGGAGCCGUACCCGGCAGUCUCCGUGGCGGCGGGCUCCGCACAGUCUGCGCCAGGAGCUGUACCCGUCGUCGACCCCAAGGUUGACGUGUUACUAGACAGUGUGAAGUGGGAUAGCAAAGGGUUGGCUGUUGCUAUUGCACAGAACGUGGAUACUGGAGCCAUACUUAUGCAGGGUUUUGCUAACAAAGAAGCCCUUGCAAAAACUAUAUCGACCAGGAAAGCUACAUUCUUUAGCCGCUCACGGUCUUCCCUGUGGACAAAAGGGGAGACAUCCAUGAACUUCAUUAAUGUCCAUGACAUUUUCCUUGAUUGUGACCGUGAUUCUAUAAUAUACCUUGGCAAGCCAGAUGGACCUACCUGCCAUACAGGAGCAGAAACCUGUUACUAUACUUCAGUUUAUGAUGCUCUACAAAGUUCAAAGCCCAAUGAAGGCAGGCAGGUUGUGACAACCCUAUACUCACUUGAAGAUACAAUUAGUAGACGGCAGGAGGAGAUAGUUACUGAAGGAGGUGGCAAGCCAUCAUGGACCAAAAAACUACUGCUUGACAACCAGCUACUUUGCUCGAAAAUACGGGCCUUAAUGUCAGUGCUGCUAUUUUUGCAUAUAAUUCAGUGAAGAAGCUGGCGAACUAAUUCAAACGCUGCUCGAGAACGAGGACCAAUCUCGUGCAGCUUCGGAGAUGGCUGAUCUGCUGUACCAUGCCAUGGUGCUGCUCAGAGUCAAGGAUGUAAAGAUGGAAGAAGUCCUUGAGGUCCUGAGGAAGAGAUUUUCGCAGUCUGGUAUUGAGGAGAAGGCCAGUCGCAGUAAAUCUUAGUGUGAUUGGUAACGGAUGACUUCUCCGAUUUGCAGUCGAUUCCAGCACUGGUGCCGACUGUGAACUUCGGGAGAAUCUUGUGUUUGGUGAGCAGUUGCCUCUAUGUUUUUUUUUGCUCCAAUAAGAUGACUAUAAAUUUGUGGCAAUCUUGAUGACAACAGAGAGGUCAAUAAAGCUUUCUCGUAUAAGACAGAAUCCUGUGUUUUUUCCCCUAAGAAAAACUGGAACGCAUUCUUUGUUA